AAAUCUCGUGACCGAACGCGCUCGCUGGGGAAGACGUAGCAAAAAAAAAAAAAUUAUCAUGACUUUGACUCGAGAAAAUUUCGUCUUUCAUCAUGGAAGGAGGUUUCUUGUUUGAUCCCUUGGACAAUUCACGGUGUCUACAGGCUGCUUUGACAGCUUAAGUGGAAAUCGCUACCGAAGAAUUCACGGGAAUCGAAUUUUAAAACUUGUUACAGAGAUCAUGUCAAUUUCACGACCCCGAGUAACGAACGUCCGCGCCUAGAAUACUUACCUGAUUCGUAAACAAAGUUGAUCGCUCAGGGAAGAAGGGACAGCACACUAUACAGCUAGAAUAAAUGGGUCAUAGCAAAUUUGAUGUAAGUUCAAUACUUUCAUUAGCGAUCGAAAGAUGUGAAAACGCGAUUCGACGUCAACUAAGCUUGUUAUAUAACUAUUGUUGAUCCUUCUAUCAUAGGCAUCUUUGGUGAAGGCCUUCGCCGCAGGAUCUUUGAGCGGCACUUGUUCUACUCUGUUAUUUCAACCAUUUGAUCUGGUAAAAACUCGUUUGCAAGUGGAAGGAACGGCUUUAUCUUCUGCUGGACGGCUUAAAUUAGGGUAAAAAAAAUUUUUUUUUUUUUACUAAGAAAUUUUUUUAUUUUGCUUAAUGUAAAACCUGUUUGAGAAGAGAGACUUCGAAACGAUAUCUGGUUUUACAGGUCACUGAAAACAGGAGCUUGAAGCACUGAUUAUCUUGUUACAAUUCCUUGACAGCGGAAGCAAUGGCAUGCUUUAUACGUUUUACUCAGUGGCUCGAAGAGAGCAUAUUGUUGGACUCUGGAGAGGACUUGUUCCGGUAAGGUGGUACUCUUGCUGUUUUCAUUCAUUCGAUACACAUUAGAGCCUUCUGGCAUUUCGCUUUCUGUACUCUGUAACUUUGGACUAAGAUUUAUGUGUUAAACAUUUUUCCUAGGCAUUGUCAAGAUGUGUCCCUGGAAUUGGAUUGUACUUCAGCGCUCUUCAUGGUUUGUCACAAUUUACUAGGUUAGUUUACUCUCUGCAGACUCCCAGAUCAGUCCAAGUUCACUCCAAGAGUUAAAACCCAGCACCUCCCCUUUUCCAGCAUCAGUACCUAUUCAGUACUAAACCUGUAAAGACAGCAUAGUUAAGGAUUUUGGGGUACACUCAGUUCUUGUUCAGUUUUCUUGAACAUAUAUGAUGUUACAAAGCACAGUGGUCAAUGCCUCUAUAGAGGGGGAUUCAAUCAAACAUUUAUGACUGUCUUUUGAAUGGAAGUGUCCCAGCUGAUAAGUUCUUUUGUAUGUACUUGUAGAAAAAUUGUGUUAAGGGUUAAAAGUGAGCAAGGGUAUUGCUUCACUUCAUUAGAUGCUUAUGCCUAGCACUUAGAUUCCAUGUUACAUUGCUUGUAUGUUUUCAAAGAUAAUUGACAGCACGACUGGAGUGUCAAAGAACACAAUGCAGUGUCUCAGGCUUGAGAUGAAAAUUCAACCUUUUGAUCUGGAGUCCAGGGUGCUAACCCUUUAUAAAUGGUUUUAAUUCUUGCAAAUGAUAAAAUGAUACAAAUACUGAUAGCUUAUUGAUUAUAAUGUAUGUACCAUUCUGCACUGUUUAACAGUCAACAUUUGCAACUUUCUUGCAGUGAGGAAAGAACCUUGGGAGAAUCAGUUUUAUUAGGAGCAAGUGCCAGAACAAUAGCAGGAAUCACCCUCUUGCCAGUUACUGUAGUGAAAACUAGAUAUGAGGUGUGUUUUCAAGCUUUUCUAGCAAGUCUGAGUACCUGUCUUUGGAUGCUUAGUCUCAUUUACUCAAAUUUGGCAGAAGUAAAAAAAAAAUUGAUAACUUGCACCGAGUUAGUGCCUUUUUUCUUUAAUUAUAGAGUGGAUUUUAUAGCUACAGCAGUAUGUUGGAUGCAAUGACGUCAAUCUGGAGGAGGGAAGGAGGAAAAGGUAUGUUGCAGUAGGCAGGCAUUUAAUUAAAAGCAGUUUAGCAGUGGUUACCACUGUUUGCAAAUCCCUGCACGGUCUCUUACUCCUGACCAUUGACCCUUUGACCCCAAAAAGUGACUAGCAUCAAAAAUCUCUUUACAUUAUCACCCUUAAAUCCAAAAUUAUGAUUGCAAAAAUAAAGGAAAUUAUCAUCAACUUAAAGAGCUCUUGACUGUCUUACAAAUUCUCCUUUUUAGCACGUUAGGAAAUGUAAAGAGAACAGUGUGAAGUAUAUGCAUAUUGAUGUUAAGGUGUAAAGGGUCAAAGGACCAUCUUUUACCAGCAAAAGCCCCUACUAAAAAGGGAUUAUUAUACCCUUGAAUGGAUUCCUGAAGUUUUUACAUGAUUAGAUUUUAUUGCUCAGGGAAAAUAUUCUUAUAAAAGGAAAAUAAUACUCCCUUUCUUUCAUUUCAGGCUUAUAUAGUGGGUUGCUGGCAACUGUAGCACGUGAUGCCCCAUUUUCAGGGCUUUACUUGAUGUUUUACACCAUGAUAAAGAGACAAGCAAAGAAUGGUGAGCAAAUAAUUUUUCAGGGAGCUUCAGAAGAUAAUAAUAUUUCUGAUUUUCAAAGCUCCUUGAAAGUUGCAUCAAUGAGGACAUACUUUUCAAGCCUGUAUUGGUCAUGUAAUUUUCAGCAAAUAAAUUUCCAGAUUUUUACAGGAAUUGGCUGACUGAUCAAAUGAAAUUUCUCUUUGCUAAUUACUAAAACUCCUUCAUUUGUCGUGAAAUUCACUCAUUAAAAAGAGACAGUGAAAUAAGAAAAAGUUUUUUUUAAAAAGAUUUACUCUGUAGGUGAAUUUCUUAGAACAGUGUGGUUAAAAUAAAUCUCAUUCAUUUGCAAAAUUUUGGGACAACUGCAUUAAACAAAAUGUCAGAAUGAUUAUCGUAGUGAGUGGGAUUUUUCCUUUCUUUUUUCUGUGGCUUGUGCAAGUCUUUUCAAAGUAUAUGAUUUUUUCCAUAAAUUUUCUUUUCCCUUUAGGACUUGGUACACCAGAACUCCAUGCAUUUGAGACUUUCAUUUGUGGUUCUCUGGCUGGAGUCAUAGCUUCAGUUGUAACACAGCCUGCUGAUGUGGUAAAGACAAGACUUCAAUUGUUUCCACACAAGUAUAGCAGCACAGGCAGUGCAGUCUAUUGUAUAUUAAAGGUGAGAGUAGGUUGAAAGAUCAAAUGCUUGCUAGUCCUCUACAUUUUACCUGCUUUAAUACUCUUCCAAUUCAGUGUUCGCCCUCACUUUAAGCGCAGCAGUUAAAAUAAUUUUCAAAGUGGUGGACCGAUUGUUUCACCAGUUGAACUACAAGAAUUCCAAGCAAUUUUUAGGUUGUAAUAAGGGGUAGUGCAGGCAGUAACUCUACUGGAUACCACCUGAAAAGGAGAAUGCCUGUAAUUGUUGGAUGCAAGUCAGUUGGUUAUUUUCUUUUUCAGCUGUCAUAUAACUUUUCAAUCUGUAAGUCCACGUGUAUUCCUUUGAAAAUUUAGAUUAAAGCUAUGUGUACUUUUCAUGAUGACAAAUAUUUUGAAUUCAUUAUUUUAUUUUUCUCUUUAGACAAAUGGAGUAUUUGGACUCUUCAAGGGUCUAGUUCCCCGCUCAGUGAGAAGAACUCUCAUGGCAGCCAUGUCAUGGACUGUUUAUGAAAGAGUAUGUUGAUCUAAUGAUGAAUUGUAUUAAAGAUUUUAAGCUAAGUUCUCUAGCAAGUUUUACAAACUUUAAGUAUCCUGAAAAGGAUAAAAUCCAUUUUCACAGUAAUUAUCUGAAUAAAACCUGUUGCCAGGGUUAAACAGAUCUCAGGUGCUUUUGUCACUGAGGUUUUCUUCAAGUUUGAAAAUAAUUGAAGUUGAAGAAAGUGGAGAUUAUAAAGGAUAUGUUUCUUCUGUCUUACCUUAUGGGGCUUGAGUUGAUUACUGUCCAGUGUCAGGGUAUCUAGAUUAUAAAUUUCAGACAACUUAUCAUAUUAUUAUUUCCACAUAACACAGACUCACUGCAUUUAGUCCCAAUAAGUCUAACCGCAAUAAAAUUUCCAUUAACUACACUUCCUAGAGUCUCUCAGGAGCCCUAAUGACAGGCCCAAAUGUAGAACAUAUACAUUGGGGUAUGUUGGCUUGUAUGAUUACGGAAGUAACAAGGAAAGUCAAUCAGCUCCAUGCUCCCAUUAAAACCCUGGCCCUCAAGCAUUCUAUAAUGUACCUUCUUGUGCGUGAUUGUAUAUUAGUGAAGAGAAACCUUAAUUGAAUUAUUUUGUUAUAAUAACUAGCAUAACUAUUCAUCAGCUUUUAUUUAUUUCUUCUCUUCAGCUUUCAAGAGAAUUGGGAUUGAUCACCUGAUAAUGGCAAUGAAAACAGUUCACCAGGUGUAAGGUUACUUUAUAACGCCAGCUGACACACACAAGGGCAAAAUCCAGGAGAAAGCACUUGUUAUUUAAGUGGUUUUAUAUCCAUUAGGAGUCCCGUCAUCAACUUUUCAGCCAAGUACUAAGUGGGCUGGCAAAGCAGAUUUCUGGUGUUGUGCUCAUGCACACUAAAAGUCAAGGAGGGAACAGACAGUUAUGUGUUAUGAUAGUCAUGUGAACUUGGUAGUAUCAUAACCUCUUUAUGAGGAUAGGAGAAAAAAAAUUAAUCAAGUUUUAAAGAAGCUGUAGAGAUGUAGUGUUAAAUUCAGUUUUAAUCCGUUAACACCUCAGCAGACAUGCAAUGAGAAUUAAGAAAAAUAUCAAUUUUGACAAAUAGUGAGGAGAAUUACCAACGAGAUCUCAGGAUUGAAAGGGUUAAUUGACAUGUACUUAUUUCCAUCUUUGAAGAGGAAUUAAUGUUACUUGCAUUUUAAUCAAGGGGAAUCUCAGUUUUAGUUUUCAAAGGCUGUUGGCAUGGCUAAUCACCACACUUGAAACAAAAACACCUUUGUUGUGUGGUUUUAUGUUCCAGAACUUUAUCACUUGAGAUAAAAUGACUCCAGCUACUCUCCUGCUUAGGAGUUGUUUUUUGUUUGUUGAAUUUUGUACGAAAAUGAAGAAAUUGGUUUUUGCUAAAGAGGUUAAAAAGAGAUGAUCACUGAUGGACAGUGCAGUCUGAUGAAAAUAAAGACCAGUAUAUAUAUACAUUGUCAUGAAGAUGAAAUGAGAGAUUAAGUAUAUUUAUUUACCUACUGGUAGUUAUUUAUUUCAAAGUUAAGAAAAAGAAAAUCUUGUACAUGUGGAAUGGUUCUAACAUAUGGAUUGAAGAAUUUUUAGUUCCUAAGUCAAGUACAAAGGAAUGUUUUCUUUUUACCACUAUCAACAGUACUAAUUUUUGAUAACAUCUGUUUUGCCUGUUAUUACAAUGGAAUUGUAGACUUUCAUUUAGGACUUUUAACUGGGUCACAGAAGGGAGUUUCAGUGAAAAGGUGAUCAUAUAAGAGAGUUGUAAUAGGACAUUGAAGAAAAUUUGUUCUGUCAAUAAUUUACUUGUGGUAUUUUUUUCCUUGUUUCUUAUUUUUCUGCUGCCCUUUAGAAGGGGGAAAGUAGGGACUGUAUGUGCUAAGAUUUGUUGUGGUCUGUUUCUUUGGAAAACUAAGCUUGAUAAAUAAUAGUAUUGAAUGAUUUAUUCAAAAUUGGUAAGUUACUUGUGGGUUAAAUUGCAGCUCUAUUCUCCAUUAAGUAGGGAAUAGCAAAAAAUUAUGAUUAGUGGGUUAUUGAAUAUGUAUAUAACAGAAAUGUAAAUAAGAUUUUGAAUUAUAUAUUUCUAUGUGAAAUAAAAUGAGAAGAGUCCAUUUUCCGAAGGUCAGAUUUUUGUGAACAGUUUUUAAUGACUUUAUAUCACUUAAUAAAAUAUGUCUCAU